AGAAUAUGCUACGGCAGCCGGAGCUGGAUCCCGGGUCCCCCGGGCGGCCCCAGAGGGCGGGAGGCCGAGAGGAGGCGGCGGACGCAUCCGCCGCCGCAGGAGGCGGAGCGCUGCACCUGGCGCCCGGUUCUCCAGCUCAGCCCUGAAACGGGUCCAGCCGGUCGGGAGCGAAGGCGGCCGCAACGAGAGGCCAGGCCUGGGACCAAAGCGGCGAGGAGGAGCGGACAGAGGGGUUGCGCGGGACUGCGCGGGGCCACCGCCAUCGCUCGCCCCACCCGGCCUGCAUCUAGCCGUCGCGCCCGCCGCACCCCCGGGAGAGGAGCUAGCCACCCAACCGACAUGCGGCGCUCUGGCCUGCCCGCCGCCGCCCCGGCGCCCCGAGCGGCCGCCCCGCACCCCGGGGACAGGGCUCCCCGCGCCUCGCGCAGCUGAGCGCCUCCAGAUCACCAUUCAGAAUUUUGAAGGUCACGGACCCUAAUGGUGGUGGUAAGCCAUGGCUGCUGAUGAUAAAGUUGCUAUCCUAACUGAUGACGAAGAGGAGCAGAAGAGAAAAUACGUGCUUGCUGAUCCCUUCAAUGGCAUCUGCAGGGAACCAGAACCACCUUCUAACGAAACCCCCUCCUCCACAGAGACGUCAGCCAUUCCUGAGGAGGAAAUAGACUGGAUAGAGAAACAUUGUGUGAAAAUCAACAAUGACCUUCUCAUCUCCAAGGUGUUUUAUUUUUUCUUUUACUCUGCCUAUGGCUCUCUUUACCCUCUCCUACCUGUAUAUUAUAAACAGCUGGGAAUGUCACCUAGCCAGAGUGGACUAUUGGUGGGCAUUCGAUACUUCAUUGAAUUCUGCAGUGCCCCCUUCUGGGGUGUAGUUGCAGAUCGUUUCAAAAAGGGCAAAAUUGUCCUCCUCUUUUCGCUUCUGUGUUGGGUUUUGUUCAACCUGGGCAUUGGAUUUGUCAAACCUGCUACCUUGAGAUGUCUACCAAAGAUCCCCCCAACAGCUCACCCCACCAAUGUAAGUCACCCAGUAACUAUUCUGCCAAUGAACUCCUCCACUGUUGCUUUCUUUACCACACCACCAAAAUUGCUCGAGAAAAGGGACGUGCAAUUGUCUGAAACAGAGCCCAAUAUCUCAGACAUAGAUCUCUUGUCAACAGCAUUGACCUUGACCAGUGAACCCACACUGAGGCCCCAGACAGAGGCAAUUACCUACCCUGUUACAGGCUUGAUUUUGAACACAAGCACAGUGACUCUGCCCCCCACAGGAAAUGUCACCAGGGAGACAACCAUUGCUGUGGUCACCACCACCAAAUCUUUACCAUCUGAUCAAGUCACCCUUGUGUAUGACCAACAGGAAGUUGAGGCGAUAUUCUUGAUUAUCUUGGUGGUUGUCAUAAUAGGAGAAUUUUUCAGUGCCUCUUCUGUCACGAUUGUAGACACAGUAACCCUCCAGUACCUGGGAAAACACCGAGACCGCUAUGGGCUACAGCGCAUGUGGGGCUCCCUGGGCUGGGGCCUGGCCAUGCUGUCUGUGGGUAUUGGAAUUGACUAUACUCAUAUAGAUGUGCUCAUUGAUGGGAAGGGGUGUAAGCCCCCCGAGUACCGGAACUACCAGAUUGUCUUCAUCGUCUUUGGAGUUCUCAUGACCAUGGCCCUGAUCGUUGCCACUCAGUUCCGGUUCCGCUACAACCACUUCAACAAUAGUGAUGGUAAAGGGAAAGAGGUGGAGAUCCCACAGGUGGAAAGGGACAACUCCACAGAGUCCUCUGAAGAGACUCCAACUGCCGCGACUCACUCACAGGCCUUCAACUUCUGGGACUUGAUCAAGUUGCUAUGCAGUGUGCAGUAUGGCUCGGUUCUGUUUGUGGCCUGGUUCAUGGGUUUUGGAUACGGCUUCGUGUUCACCUUUCUCUACUGGCAUCUGGAAGACCUAAAUGGAACUACAACCCUCUUUGGGGUCUGUUCAGUCCUGAGUCAUGUGUCAGAAUUGACCGCUUACUUCUUCAGCCACAAGCUUAUUGAGUUGAUUGGCCAUAUCAGGGUUUUAUACAUUGGCCUGGCCUGUAAUACAGCUCGCUAUAUUUACAUUUCCUACCUGGAAAAUGCCUGGACUGUCCUCCCUAUGGAAGUUCUUCAAGGUGUCACACACGCAGCCAUCUGGGCAGCGUGCAUCUCAUACCUCAGUGCAGCUGUUCCCCCUGAGCUGAGGACUUCUGCACAGGGAAUCCUGCAAGGCCUUCAUCUGGGUCUGGGGCGAGGAUGUGGUGCCAUGAUCGGAGGCGUGUUAGUCAAUUAUUUUGGGGCUGCUGCAACUUUCCGAGGAAUUGGCAUGGCUUGCCUGGUGAUCCUUCUCCUCUUUGCCCUGAUCCAGUGGCUGGCAGUACCAGAUGAAGAAGAAGACAAGACAAUGUUGGCAGAAAGGAUCCCUGUUCCCUCUAGUCCUGUUCCCAUAGCAACCAUCGACCUGGUACAACAACAGACUGAAGAUGUCAUGCCACGCAUUGAGGCCAGACUUCCGCCCAAAAAAACCAAGCACCAGGAAGAGCAGGAAGAUGUAAAUAAACCGGCCUGGGGGGUCAGCUCCUCGCCUUGGGUGACCUUUGUCUAUGCUCUCUACCAAGUUAAAGAGCUAAUGCAACUGACAAGAGACAGCCGUGCUUCUGAGAUACAACCUUUACAGGGGACCAGUGAGAAUCGGGACGUCUCUCCAGCUGGUGGAGCCCAGCGUGCCCCACGUGAAACUCACUCUGCCUCACCUAGAAACCAGCCAUCCCCUGACACAGCAGCAUCUCAAACGCAGUCCAACCCUGCUCACCCCAGUGCUACCCCACAUGGACAGGAGAGUGGAGAGAAGCAGGCUCAGCCCACUGUGGGAGAACACUGAGGGUCAUGUCAUACCCUGCAUGGCACUAGGCACCUCAGCCAGGACAGAGGGCGAGGCCCCAACCCUGACCAUGCCUCUGCAAGGGGGUCACUGCAAUGCAUAUGCUUCUAAAUAUCUAAACUCAUUACUGUGGAACAACACACACACACACUCACACUCACUCACUCGCACGCACACAGAUGCACAAAUGCACAGGCACACAUGAGUACAUGUUGGCAGGAAAACAGAGACUGCCACAGUCCAGUAGAGACACAGAACAACGUCUCUUGGUUAGUUAGGUCUGACCUAACUUCUCCACCAAGGUGAAAGGGGGAGAAGCAGAACUCACACCAAGUUGGGUGAAUGAAAGGGCCACAAGGUGAACAAGGACUUCAUCUCCCUCUUCUGAUUAUUUAUUCUAAAUAUUGGGUUCUUAGUGAAAAGUGAGA